CUUUUACAAGCAUUAAAAAUUAACAAAAUUGCCGUCCCAAGGGGAAAAAAUAAAAAUCAAGAAACGUCGAAGACGAAGGUGUAUAGAAACGAAAGGAAAAAUAUAUCCAUGGAGGACAGCUUCAGGGUUCGCGCAGAUAAAGUGUUUGGCACCCUGGGCUGCCGGAAUACGUUGUCGUCCCUGGGCGAGAGUUCUUCCUUGUGGUGCCUCGGGGACGAAGAAAUCGAGAGGAGAGAGUGGAAACGCAGCAAGGAUUACGCUGGAAAAGAUGAAGAUGGCGGCGCUGAAUAUUGUCCGCCCGUUGUGCAGAAAACACUCGGUUUAGAUAUUCAGGAUCUGAGUGAUUACGAAGAAGUAGAAGAAGAGGAAACUGAGGAUGAUGGGGAGAUUGAUGGUGGGAAGAAAAAAAGGCCUCGGAACAAUAUCACUGGUGCUGAAGCUAGUCAUGAUGACUAUUUUGAUGUUCAAUUAAAUAUUGGUCGCGAUUGCACUCUUGAUUAUGAGGAAGAGGAAGACCAAUAUGAUAAACUGGCGGUCGGCAUGGAGCAGGCCGGUGACCGCCUGUACAUGAGGGACGUGAAAUUUGCUGAUUACAAAACUCACGAACUUUCUGAAUACAGUGUAAUUCCGGGCUUGUUCCAGGCUGUCGUGAAGGAUCCCCGCGCAAAUCAUGAGGCUGCCAAGAUGAGGCUCAACGAAGACGCCGAAGAUGCCAGCAAGUUUAGCACUUCACAGCCAUCGAAUAGUUUGGCCCCAACAAUAGAAGAGUUUGGAGAUCCUAAACAACAGAGUGAAUCGGAAUCAGGCUGUGAUAAUCAUGAUUAUAAUAAUAAUCCCAAAUCGAUCCUCAAAAGAAGAGAGAAUCCGGAUGACUCCCGGUCAGACAAACGUGUCAGGUUUGCAUUUGAUGUUAAAAGCUCUAUCCAGGCUCCUGAAGACCAACAGACAUCGGAGCAUUUUGAGGCAAAGGAUUAUCCACAGGCAUCCAAUCCUUCUAUGUGUGUGCCCGAUUAUCUCAGGAACCCUUCCAAAUACACGCGAUAUUCAUUUGACUCAUCUGAUGAUAUGGACGACCAGUCAAACCAGAAAGCGUACUCGGACCUUUUUGAUAUCUUGAGGAGAAGAAAUGUGGGGCCACAAAUGGACAACAUGCUCGUUGAGACUCCAAAAACUGUGGUGUUUGCACCGAGGAGGAAAAAGGGGGAGAAAGGUUCUGGCGGGACGAGGAUUGAGAGCCAGAAUAGCAUGGGAGAUGAUAAUGUUAGGAGCAAGAGUUGGUCGGUUGGUGUGACGGCAGAGAAUGACCAAGAGAGCGAGGUGUGUGAUAUGGAAGAGGACGAGCCUUGCAAGGCGGCUGAGAAAGGGGGAGGCUUCGGCAGACCCUGCAGACAGUAUCGGGCAAGGGCUAGUGUUGACAUCGAUGACGACUUGAAUUGAUUAUUGAAGCAUGCUGUAUUGUUAUAUCCUUCCAUAUGUAGCAUUGUUGUGCUCGUGGUUUGCUAGAAAAUUGAUUUGUCCAAAGUCUACCAAUUUGUGGCUAAGUGGCUUGGGAUGAUGGUGUUUGAAGCUGCAUUUUUGUUUAGGAUCUUCGUUUGAUGCUGGUGACAUAAUUAAUAUCUUUAAUUUGACGAAAAUUGUAGUCGCAUAUUUCAGCAUUCAAAUGGGUUGGAUUUUGCAUUGGAUUUUUAUGAAGUUACACAUGGUACUGUUAGUCCUGCUAUUUAGUGUUCCAUGAUUUGACUAUUGACGGGCUUAUUUCUUUUUAUUUUCAUUUUGAACAUUCGGUGACUAUUUAAGGGCUUAUUUCUUUUUAUUUUCAUUUUGAACAUUCGGCGACUAGU